AUGCCGACCCUUCGGCCCUCCCCUCUCUUCCUUCUCUCAUGCCUGGUGCUGCUCGUCUUCCUGGCGCGCCCCAGCCAUGCCUUUGGCGCCGGCAACAUCGCCUCGACCGCUAAGAUCGAGGGCCAGAACUGGCGUCAUGGCGAUAUCGAGGACACCCUGCUCGCCCUUCUGAUGGGCCGCGCCGGCAACGGCAAGAAGUUCUCCAAGAUGGACGUCAAGCGUGUCUACUUUGGCAAUUGGCUCCGCGACUACUCCCAGGCUGUUGACGUCGGUGCUCUCAAGAUGGUCAGCGCAGAGGCCAUCAGGCUCUUGCUCUGGAUCCUCGGUUUCAUGACCUUCGGUUACGGCACCGGCGAGUUUGAAGUCACCAAGGAGCGUCUUGGCUGCUACCGCCCUGAAGAGCACAUCGAUAACCCCAAGGACUACGCCGAUAACUUGGAUGCCCGCGAGUAUGACCAACGUCUUCGUGGCCCAGUCGAUGAGAGUGUCGAGCUCGCCAUUGAUGAGCGCACCGGCCUGAAGAACUACAUUGCCAACGAGAACGCGGGCAUCGAAACCUCUGCGGGGCUCGUUCGCCAGCUUUUCAGUCGUUCCAUCAAGCUCGCCCGCCGCUACAACGAGAAUGGAAACAAGGCCGAUUUGUACGAGGCUCUGAGGCUCCUUGGUACUGGCUGCCACUGUCUUGAGGAUUACUCUGCUCACUCGAACUUCACCGAGCUCGCUCUGCGUGAGCUUGGCGAGCGCGAUGUCUUCCCGCACGUUGGUCGCAACGCCAAGGUUCAGAUCGAGGGUGUCGACCAGGAGGUCUAUCCCAUUGUUACCGGUACUUUCGGAGGCGUUGACUUCCUGCACUCCGUCAUGGGUGAGGUCAACGACAAGGCUACCCAGUCUGAGAUCCAGGAGCUUGAGGGCACCAUCAGCAACGCUCAGCAAAACCAAGAAGCCAAGAGCAUGGUCAAGGAUCUCCUCAGUAAGCUUCCCGACGGCAUGUUCGGCGGCAAGGAUGAGGCCGGCAAGGUCGACGAGCUCGAGGCCAACGCCACUGCUGGUCAGAUGGAGAACAUGGAGAUCACGCCCAAGGAGCCCGAGGCUUUCGUUGAGCAGGCUGAGCAGAUCCGCCGCCAGAUCCUCCCCAUCAUGGAGUUCCACGACGAGAUCAUGCAGUCGAUUUCCGAGGCCAUUGACAAGCUCCCCAUUCUUCCCGACCUCAUCGAGGAGUUCCAGAACCAGAUCAACAUCUUCGUCUUCUCUCUCAUCGCCCCCUUCAUCCUUCCCCUGCUCAAGCAGGUCAAGUCUGAGCUUGAGACCGGCUCUUCUGAGGUCAUUCAGUCCUCGGUUGAGAAGCAGCACAUUGUCUUCAAUGACGACGACUGCUCCGACCCCACCCACUCCAUGCUGUCCAAGGACCACUUCAGCAACGUCCUGAACGAGCCUGCUGGCAAGAUUGCUUCUCAGGUCCUGAAGUGGGUCGUACCUCAGAUCGUCGAGUGCUGGGACGACGAAGGUGUUGAUGUCGACCGCACGCUUGAUCGCAUCAUCAACGGUGUCUUCCACCACCCCGCUCAGCGCGAGCAGGGCCGCGACGGCGUCAGUGAUGGCCGUCAGCUCAUGUUCCGCAUUGUCCAGGAGUGGUGGGAGAGCAAGAGCGACCGUGAGCGUGAUGACCUCCGUGAUAAGCUGUCUCGUGACGGCGUUGAGAACGGUCGUAACCACAAGGAGGGCGUUCACGACUCUGGCCACGGCUGCGGCAAGCCGCUUGGCAUGUCCAAGAUCAGCGGCGGCAGUGGCAGUGGCUCCGGUGGCCAGCAGAACCAGAUGGCCUCCAACAUUGGCUCAGGCGUCAGUGAGGCCGUUGGCGGUGGUGUCCUUGGAGGCAUGCUGGGAGGUCUCGUUGGCAGCACCAUCAGCAACGUCAUGGAUAACGAGAAGAAGUCGGAAGAAGUCGAGGAUGACUACCACAAGUCGUCGUCCGGUUACGGCCGUGACGGAUCUUACAACGAGAGCUAUAGCAGCGGCGACCGCUACGGCCAGUCUGAGUACCGUCGUACCGAGUACGGCGAUGGUAGCGGUUCCCGUGAGGAAUAUUCACGUCGCGAGAACCAGGGCGGCUCCAGCUACGGCUUCCAGUCGAGCUCCGAGGAGCGCACCUACGGUUCGGGCGGCUACGAGAGACGUACUGAGGAGAGCUACGAGUACUCUAGCGGAGGCGGUUACGAGUCCAGGCACAAGGGUCGUCGCUCGGAUAAUGAGGACUCGGACGAGGAAAAGCGCCGCAAGAAGGAGAAGAAGCGUCGUGAGAAGGAGGAAAAGAAGCGUCUUAAGCAGCAGCGUGGCGAUAAAGAUUCGGAUGAUUCUGACGAUGGUAAAAAACAUAGGCGCCGUUCCGGCUCUCGGGAGCGUCGCGGUUCGAACGAGUACGAGCGCCGUCGCUCGGGCUCUCGUCGUCGCUCUGGUUCCCGUCGUCGUUCCGGCUCUCGUCGCCGCUCUGGCUCUCGCGAGCGCUACGGCCAGGAGAGUGGAUAUGGCGGUGAGCGUUCCGAGUACAGCUCUGGUGGUGGUUAUGGUGGCAGCUCUGGCGGCUACGGUGGUGGCUCUGGCGGCUAUGGCGGCCGCUCUGAGUACAGCUCUGGCGGCGGUGGCGGUUACGGAGGCGGCAACUCGGAGUACAGCGGCGGCGGCGGCGGCUAUGGUGGUGGCGGCUACGGCGAGCGCCCCCCUCCGCCGCGUGACGAGUAUGGCGGUGGAUACGGCGGCGGCGGCGACCGCAUGCCUGGCGGUUUCGGUGAUGAGGAUGAGUACGGCCGUCGUCGCGAGGGCGGCGGUGGCUACGGCCAGGGCGGCUACGGUGGCGGCGGUUAUGGCGGCGGAUAUUAG